GGUCAGCCGGACGGAGCUGAGUCUCCUGCUUGGUCCAGCGGAGCUGUCAUGCUGCCCAAAGGCGACACGGAAUCUCUGGGACUCGUUCGAUCGCAUGGAGAACAGGGGCCAAGGAAUAUGCAAGGUAAGAAAUCGAGACCAAUUUCGAUGACGCAUCAUUUGACAAUAUUGUAGACCACAUGGCCCGUGUGCAUUAUCACAGGCGCGAAAGGUGUCAUUUGUGAAAUUGUGCGUAACUACGGGCGAAAAGACCUGACAAUGUAGGACCUAAAUAGCCUAGACAAACUCGUCGUGCGUCUCGCGCUUAUUCAGCUGUCAACUUGGAAUAGUUCACUUAUUUGCUGAUCAUGCAUUGUGUAUCACUAUUAAGGUAGUCUACUCUGGGACGGUCGAUGUGUGGCAUAUGCGAAUUCGCUCUACCCACAUUCUAUAGGAAAGAUCAUUGUUGCUAUUACCGACUUUCUCCAAAUAGCGCAUGGAUUGCAUUGUGCACUUUAUGAAUUAAUUAAAAGCACACUAUUCACUUAGUCAGAUAUCAUUCGGUUUUAUCCAUUGUUUUUUAUUCCGCCAUAGGCUAUUAGGAAAUUAUAGGCUACGGUUAAUCUAUCAUACAGGCCUAGCCACAGUCAACUGAUGGGAUUUUACUAGGCUAAUGAGUAAACAUCAUAAAGCUCACCCGAUUUGCUUAAUAUGCUAGAUCUCAUGUGGCAGUUGUUGGAACCUGAAAAAUGUGAAUUCCCAAAAUGUCACCAACUCUAGGCCAUUAUCUUAUUAAACUUCGGUUUCAGCACCAUGCAGAAUUAUGUCAGGUGAUGUUAUUAUUAUUUUUUAAUUUGGAUAAAAUAAUUUAUUUCACGUCACGUUUUUGUCAAAAGUUGAUAUGAAAAGGGUGAUGAAUGUAGAACCUUUACUCCAGAACACGAGCGUGCAAUUCAGAUAGCCUAAGAAAUAGGCCUACGACAAAAAAAAGUUUGAAUUACAAAAAUAUGCAAUUAUUUAAAAAUACCCAGUUGGGUUGGACACAUUUUGCUUGGAAUAAUUUUUGUUAAGUUUACAAAUUGUAACCUAUAACCCGUAGUUUAGGGGCUCCGUGUCAUAAUGCUGAACUAGCCUACUGCUUGAUUUAAUUUCCAAAAGUGUCAACGUUUGGAAAUUAGAUAACUAUUUUCGAUGAGAAUUGAAGUGUUCUGUGCAGGCCUAUCGAAUUAAUAUCUCUAAAUCCCCUUCAUUUUGCCAAUUGCACAGUUCGAUUAUCUUUAAAAAAAUUAAUAAAGUCUCAUUUGGUUUUGAUACAAAUAUCUGAUAACUCAACCUUCAAGGCAUAAAUGGACGGCUAGAAUUUUUAUCUGACAUUUUGCUACAUUUUGCACGGGGUAGAUUCUCUGAGUGCAAAAGCAAAUGCCCUUUUCCAAUCCAUUUAAACAUGGGCCUAGCUUAUUUAAAAUAUCAAACUUUUAAACUGAACAUAGUUUUGAGGCUGCAUGUUUCUCAGAGGCCCGAGAUAAGAUUCGAUAACUAAGAUAUAGGUGAUAUCCUUAGGUUACAGAAAAACUGUCUGAACGUGGCAAAAAUCAGACCGAACGUCCUAGAGCAGACUACUGUGUAAGCUAUCAAAUGGGUUCUGCUUUCCUGUCAUCAAAAUCCGAGGCCUGACAUUUUCAUAAGGGAAUUUUCGUGCUGGCGGAUACGUUUGUAAGAUAGUAAUACAUUUGUAAGAUAGUAUUACAUUAUCAGCUAAGGAGCUGUUUUGGGCUAGUCUUCUUAUCCCCCACAAAUGUAGAUAACUUCAGAAGGCUAUUUUAACCGUUUCGUAUUAGCGGUAAAAAAAAGCUAUCAAAACAAAUGAGGGACUUGUUGCCUUUCUUUCAACUUAAUAUUCAGGUAGUAAACGCUGCGAGAUCAGAGGGUCAAUGGAGAAAAACAUGUUCAGCAGACACACAGGCAGAAAGACGCAUUUUCAAAGUUACAUUAUUUUAUAUAGAAAAUAACAUUCUAAUGUCGGGAGAUCACUGACCAGCUUUCCAGUCUGCUCUGAAAUUCAUUGUGAUUAUUCUGUUUGAUGUUUGCCGCCUUUUAAGAACAAUAAAUAAUGGUCAUACCAUUGUAAAUGUCAGUUCAGCUGUUUGCUAGCACUGUUAUAUCCGCUUAUCAGUGCAAUUAUGGCCAUCAGCAUUCAUGCCCGUAAAAUGUAGGCCUAGACUAAAGCAGGUGCUGAUGGGAAGUCAAUUAAAAUGUAUACGCACAGGCAAGAGCAGACACGGAAACAGUAGUUGAAGGCGAACUCAUUUGUAAGUUCAAUUUAAGAAUCAGUUUUGUAUUUUUCUUUUGCCUGGUAGAACGAAAGGUUGCACUGUAGGCUAUGUCUUCAUUUGCCUGUGGGCGGUAACAUUUACUCCUCGAAUCCUUAACUCUAAUAUCUUACCAUUUCCCGGAUGAGUUUGCGACUUAAUAUCAUGAAUAUUUAUGAAGCUCCGUUUCAUAUGUUCACCCUGUCUGCGACUGGCGAGCGAGAGUGAGUGCAGCAAAGCCGGAGAAAGAAGGUUAUUUUCUUUCAGCUCCUUCAAAUACAAUUAUUCCUCCAAAUAAGGAAUAGUUUAGUCAAAUUUCUUAUUAGGUCAAAGUUUCAAAAUUAUAUUUUAUUUCUCGAAAAUGUGAUGGGAUGUCAAAAAUAUUCCAUAGCCUAAGGUCAUUGUAAAGUCGGUCAGAUGUAUACUUCUUUGUAUGCUCAUGUGUGUCAUGUGUCGCAGCCCCCCACUAUAAAAUGAUGGACUACUCCUAUGAUGAAGACUUGGAUGAGAUGUGUCCAGUUUGUGGAGACAAGGUUUCUGGAUACCAUUAUGGGCUCCUCACCUGUGAAAGCUGCAAGGUUUGUUCUUAG